UAAAGGUAACCAUUAAUUCCCCCUUACACACAGAAAGCCUAGCUCGAGGUUGUUGCUGGUUGUUCAGGGACGCCUGUUUAAUGGCAACCAUCACCACAAUAACGCUUAGUCUGUUUCUGUUAUUCCUACCCUUCACUUGUUUAAUUCUGUCUGCUGCUGCAUCCCACGAUGUCCCCGGCGGUGUAAAUUGGUGGUGCAACAGAACCCCGUAUCCUGAUACUUGCAAAUCUUCCAUGAACCCUGAUCCUCGCUCUAAUGCUCCCAAAAGAAAACAUGAAUUUCGAAAGAUGUCGCUGCAAGCUGCCAUGGAGCGUGCUCUUCGUGCCGAGAGCCACACCAAGUGGCUCGGUCCGAAAUGCCGUAAUAAGCGAGAGAAGGUCGCUUGGGCUGACUGUUUGCAGCUUUACCAGAAUACUGUUCUCCAACUCAACACCACUCUCAACCCGUAUAGCAGAUACACUGACGUCGAUGUCCAAACAUGGCUUAGCACGGCCCUUACAAACCUUGAGACCUGCAAGACUGGUUUCAUUGAGCUCGGGGUUUCAGAUUUUAUGUUGCCUCUCAUGUCCAACAAUGUCUCCAAGCUGAUUAGCAAUACAUUGGCGAUCAAUAACAAUGCUACUACAACCCAGAACCAAAGUUACACAGGAGGGUACCCGAGUUGGGUAUCGGCUGGUGACCGGAAGCUCUUGCAGUCAUCUUCUCCGGCUUCACAAGCAAACAUUGUGGUCGCACAAGAUGGGUCCGGAAAUUUCCGCACCAUUAAAGAGGCUUUGAGUGCUGCUUCGCAGCAAAGGACAGGAAGCGGAAGGUUUGUAAUUUAUGUGAAGAAAGGUGCUUACAUCGAGAAUCUUGAGAUUGGAAGCAGCUUACAAAAUAUCAUGCUCGUCGGGGAUGGCAUGAGGAACACGAUUAUCACCGGUAACAGGAGCGUCGGAGGAGGUUCCACCACCUUCAACUCUGCAACUGUUGCGGUCACCGGGCAAGGAUUCAUCGCAAUGGGCAUUACAUUCCGUAACACGGCCGGUCCAGAAAACCAUCAAGCAGUGGCACUACGAUCAGGCUCUGAUCUAUCUGUCUUCUACCGUUGUGGCUUUGAAGGAUAUCAGGAUACGCUAUACGUCCACUCUCAAAGACAGUUGUACAAAGAAUGCUAUAUAUAUGGCACAGUCGAUUUUAUCUUUGGAAAUGCUGCUGUAGUUUUACAAAACUGCAUGAUCUUUGCAAGAAGGCCAAUGGACAACCAAAACAAUGUGGUAACGGCGCAGGGACGAACAGAUCCCAACCAAAACACUGGGAUUUCAAUCCACAAUUCGAGAAUCAUGGCUUCAUCAGAUCUGGUGCCAGUGCUGAGCUCAUUCAAGACAUUCUUGGGACGACCAUGGAAGCAGUAUUCUCGAACCGUCUAUCUGACGUCAUAUAUCGAUACAUUGGUCGAUCCUGCUGGAUGGAUGGAAUGGAGUGGUAAUUUUGCUUUGGAUACAUUGUACUAUGGAGAGUAUAAAAACUACGGGCCAGGUUCUUCGACAGCAAAUAGAGUCAAUUGGGGUGGUUAUCGCGUUAUAACCAAAUCAUCUGAAGCUUCACAGUUCACCGUAGGGAAGUUUAUUUCCGGCGAUUCCUGGUUACCUGCAACAGGUGUGCCGUUCAAAUCGGGCCUCUGAAACACUUCAAUAUUUCUUAAUGUAACCUGUAUGUGGAUCAACGUUCAAUUCUUACCCGAAUGUUUGACGAGUCUGCUUCAAUUAACAACCAACCCAAUAACAUUUUUUCUUUUUCAA